UUCGAGAAAAAGAAAUCUGUUUCUGAUUGACUCCUACAGGAGAAAUCUUCGUCCACUGUGUAUUAUUUUCUCGAUCAUAAUUCACGGAUAAAAGUAGGAAAUGUGUAGUGUUGGUCUUCAUUUAAUAACAGAAUAAGAUCAUCACCAACACAAUUAUCACAAAGGUCAAUAUUCUCUUCAACAAUGACCACAGAUCCACAAACAACUUUGGAAAUCGUAGACAGGACUAAAAGUGACACAGUUAAAGAAGACGACACCUUAUCGGAAUUUUCAAAAGCCAGUAAUACUGAAGUGCUUUUUAAGGAUAAUCUACCAUCUUCACUGUCACAAAAUUCAGUUGAUACUCAACCAAUAAAUGAGUACGAUAGUCAAUCAUAUAAACCACAAGAAACUGGAACACCGAUGGAAAAUGUAUCACCAUUCGAUACGAAGGGCAAAUCAAGCGCCAACUCAACGACAAAUCGUCCAGAACCAAUAAAGAAAAUUAUACGAUCAUCAAUUACAGAGAUGGAAGAGGUUAAAGAAAAAUCAUUCAAGUCUUAUUUUGAUGCGUCAUCUUCUGGAUUCACUCAGUCACCUGAAGAAUUUUCCGAUUUAACCAAGACUCGAAUACUACAUGCUAAAUAUCCAAGCUAUUCAUCCUCGACCAGUUCUUACCAAUAUCAUCACCAUGUUGAAAAUGUGUCUAAAAAACCUGAAGACCAUAUGAAUAAUGGUAACGUAACAUCACACAAGGUUAUUUCGUCCAUAAAAAAAGUAACACCGGAGACCUCGACAACACUUAUGAAUGAUUGUGAGAGUAUUUCAAAACAACAAAUAAGUGUUCCUAUCAAAGUACGACGUGCACCUCAGGAUGUUCGAGUUGUACAUGCUUCAAACUCUAGUUCUUUGACAAGGUUAGAUGAAUUCAAACGAAACUGUGAAAGAGCAGCAAAGGAAUGGGAAAAUAGAAUUAGCUCAAAAGAUAGUAAUAAAUUAUCCGAAGAAGUAAUGCUGCAAAGGAUAGCUGAAUUAGAAUCAAAUGUAAAAGAAGCUGAAAAUUUACUAAAGUUAUUCUCAGCCGAAAUUAGAGAAGUACGUGCAACAGCUGAUUAUUGGUCUAAGAAAACUACAAAUCUGGAACGAUCAUAUCAUAAUCUCCAUGGCAAAGUGAAAGACUAUAGAGCAAACGCUAAACAAAGUGAACAAGAGUAUAUAAGAGCUAUGGAAGAACGUGAAUACAUCCUACAGAGUCUUCGGGAAGCAGAAUUACGAGAACAAAACUUAUCAAAUUUACUUCAACGCGUUGAAGAAGAGUACAACACAUUAUCAAGAGAUAUAAGAAUUCUGGAACGGUCUCAUGCUAAAAAAGAUCGUCAACUUCAAAAUCUGUUACUGGAAAAGAAUGAAUUAUCUCGAAAAAUUAAACACUUGGAAUCACAUUUGCAUAAACUGAAAAAUCGAUCUGAAUACACUUAUCGUCGAAAAAACCCUGGCCAAACUGAUGAAUCAGUCGGUCGGUACCACAGUCAAGUAGGAGAUGAUUCAGAGUAUGUUUUCAGUGAUUUUGGCUCGCUAGAUCGACACCCAAAAACUUACACCACCAUUACAGCAACAGAAGAAAGACGAAGAAACAAUUUGAACACUAAUAAUCUAGAUGAUUCUGAUAAUUAUAUACCACAAAAAUCAGAAAUAUUUAGACCAGGCGGAUCUGCAGAUAUCAUGGAUACCAGAAAGCAGCAUUUUACUUUUAAUCGACUUAUGUCAGACUCUUAUAUAGUCCCAAAAACAAAUGAGAGCACUAUCAGCAUUACACGUGACACUAAAAAUGAAGGUUUACUUGAAGACAACAGUACUGACUUUUCACCAGUAAGGAAUCAGCAAAACGAAGAUCAUUUACUAAGUCAGCAGCAGCAACAGUCAAAUGAAAAGAUUGCAGAUAAUCUCUCUGACACAUUGGUGGACAUGAAUAUUUCAGUAAGACAUGACGAAACUGAAAUAGAGAAUCAGCAGCGUGAUUUCACAGAUACUGCUCACCGAAAGUGGAGUAAUGCAUCAGACUAUCAAUAUCAGUCUAACCAUCAGCAACUACAAGCUAAGGGAGGUAAAAAAGAUGUCCUGUCUGCUGAAGAUGACUCAAUGAAACAUAGAUCCCAAGUACAAGUUGUUAUUGGACCGUCUACGUCAAAUGAGAAAAGACAAAGAACUGUACGUGCCAGCCACAUACAUAAGAAAUAUGCUUAUAAGAAAGUUCAUGACCAGCCAGUAUUACCAUCUGUAUUCAGUGGUCAUGGUCUUCGAGUCAAUAGACAUCGCCCAGCCUCAGUUUCUGGUUAUUUAGACGAAUACGGUCUGAACAGACCGUAUGACUUGUAUCCUGCCCCGUCUUCAGCCAGACCAAGCACAAGCUUUGGACAGUUUUAUAAUACAAGACGUUUUAAAUCAUUGGACAGAGACUGUUACACUUCAUGUCAAAAUUUAAGCUCAAGACCUUACUCAACAAUGAAAGUGAUUCGUCCGUCAAAUCGACAGGCUGUUAUGUCACAUUCCCUUUUCGACCGUCGUUUUAGAGACGGGCAGCAUUCAAAAUACUUACGACACAGUAGUCGUGGUGAUAGUGAAUUUGAACGACCACGCAUGCCUCAGUCAUAUUCAACGCAUCAUAUAAAAAUUCCAGAGACGAAUGAGUUAAUUUUCAUCAAUUCAUGUGAAAAUAUCAAAAGUCCUCACCGAACAAGUCACCUACAUGUCAAUCUUACGCAAUUCCAAACCAAAUUUUUAACUAGGUCCCCCAAUUCAACCAUCGAUAUAAAGUCUGGCGUUACGGCAGUAUGCUCUAGAAAUGUUUGGAGAGUAGUUUAGAUCAAAUCAACUAUGAAGUAGAUCGUCUGCGUGAUUGCAUAAAAUUAUUGUCGCCAUAAUAAACAACGUGGAAUAAAUACAUUUCCAUCAUUUACAUGUGAAAGAAUAAUUCUGCUUGUUUAUUGUUUAACUUUAUACUAGACAAACAAAUUCCUAGUCUUUAUAAUUGAAUGAAAAACACUUGAAAUUUUCUGCACUAAGUAAUUUAACUUUGUUAACUUCCAAUAGCAAAACAGUUUCGUUAGAAUAAAAAUCAUUUAGCUUCCUUUAAAAAAAAUAAUUUCAUAUCUUUCGCAGCCAAAGCUCAUUUUACAAGAAUAAGAUGAGAUAUCUUAGACAAAGAGCUUUUUCACUAAAAGACUAAGAAAAAUAAGUGUAAAGUUGUACACUUUACAUUAGUGUUUGCACAAAUUCAUAUAAUAUGCCUACAUAUCAAGGAAAAUACUCUCUUAUUUUGAUAUGAUCUACUUCGUUUGCGAAUCAAAUGUGGUUUUUAUUAUUCCCAACUAUUCUAUUCAAAAAAACAUUUCAUUCAAUCAGCCUAAACCUUUACUCUACAAUAUUCUGUUCCUUUCAAUUUAUAUUCUUACUUCAAAAAUAUAAGCUUUGAUGAUAAUUAUUUGUACGAUUUUUUGAAUAGUUACUUCCAGUUUCAGUUAAACGAAGGAUUUAGCAAUUUCUGAAGUUAGUUCUAACCUGCAACUCUGAGGCAGC